AUGGCGGACAACUGUUGUCCUGGAAACGCCACGGCCAUUCCAGCUGUGCCCACCAUCUCCAUGUACCCAAAGGGUGACCACUUCCAGAAUGGUAUCCUUUUGCCUAGUUCCUGCUGGAGCAGAACAUGGCAACUGGUCACAUGCCAAGGAAACUGUCAGCCAUCCAGCGGUGUCCCAGGUGGCUGUGAACCGGCUCCUUGCCAACCUACCUGCCUUCCAGCAACUUCUUGUGUGGGUUUUGCUUGCCAACCCAUUUGCUCCUGCACAGCCUGCUGUGAACCCAGCAUGGGUCAGUCUCCUUGCCUGGUUAGCUCCUGCCAGCCCUCCUGCUUGGAAUCCACCGGUGGUCAGGAAAAGUGCUGGGAAGCCAGCCCCAGUCAACAGAGCUCCUGCCAGGAAGCUGUCUUCAUGUCCAGAUCGCACCAGGCAGCUUGUCGCCAACCAGUCUCCUGUGACACUAGGUCCUGCCAGCCGUCUUGCUCUGAGGUGACUUCCUGUCCUGAAACAUCUUGCCCACCAAUCAGUUAUGCAGCUAGGCCAUGCCAGCCAAUUUGUUGCCAAGCAGGUUCAUGUCACCCCGUUCGUGGUGAAGAUCGGCCCUGGAAAGCAACUUACCAGCCCAUCUGCUAUGUUUUCAAGACUUGCCAAUCAGUUCCCUGCAUGCCUAUCCCCUGCCAGCCAUCGACCUGUGUGUUCAAUUCUUGCAAUCCUACUUGCUGUGUGACCUCCCCUUGCCAGCCACUGCACUGCCAGGCAGCUCCUUCCAUACCCUUCAUCUGUCAGCCAGUGGCUACUUGCCAGCCCCCUUGUUUUGUAAAGAACUCUUGCAAACCAGCUUCCUGGGGCACCAUGCUUUCUGGCCAACCAACUUGUGGAGGACCCACUUCCUGCAACCAAAGUGGCUGCAAAUCCCCUUCCUUCCAAACAGCCUGCUGUGUGACAGGUUUAGGCAAAUCGUCCAGUGGUGACUCCAACUGCUUCUGA